AUGGAACUUGUGGUUGGAAUUGUGGCGCUGAAACUAGAAAUUAAAAAGACGUCAAAGGCACGCCAGCUACUCACUUUGUGGGGUGACGUCAUACAUUGGGGGCAUCGCAAGUGGGCGGAGCCUAAAACCUACCUAGCCAUCAUCGUUGGCCAUACAUUCGUUGGUUGUGCCGCCGCGGAGGCACUUCUGAUUUGUGUCGUUGUGGAAUUUCCAGCAGCGGAUAGCGUGGCGAAUCCACUCGGUUGCUCAUCAAAGCUAACCGGGAAUUUCACACCGGAAUUGUUGGAAAACGAGUCAUUUCCGAAACUGGAAGAGUCGAAAUUCACAGAGAACGGGUCGGAAUCUCUCGCGGGAUUCAUGAUGACCGGUAGUGGGGGCGGCGCUUCAUCGGGUAGGGAAUUCGGAUUGAAUACACCCGUCUGGAAGUCGACUCCACGGAAUCCGGAGACCGGUGGUGACGUGGCAGUGUCAUUGUUAUAG